UUGUUUCACAGGGGGUAUGGUUAGUGAUUAACAGCUAAUAAAAAGACAUAAAAUAAUAUAUUCCGAAAUCUUUCUAAACUAUAUCACAGACAAACUGUUGAAAACAUCUUUUCAUUGAUGAUAUUCAGUAUUUUAACCAAGCUAAGAGCUGCAGCAAUAGAAACUAAAGUUUAUGUUGCUGCCAAACCUUCAUUCAGUAUCUUUAUAAUAUAUCAAUAUAAAAUCAAUGUCACAUUAUAUAAACUACAAAGUGAAUCACUGUCAUCAAAACACAGUAAACUCUGUUUGUGGAAUAAUGACGGAGUUUAAACUACAAUGUGAUGCCUCAUCACAGGAAGAUCUUUGUUCUGUUGUACAGAACUGCAUUUAGUGUUGAGUCAGACAGAUUGUUCUCUCUUAUUCUGCCUGUUUUAAUCUUUACUGUAGAUGAUGUUGGUAAUGUGCAAGAUCAAUGUUAAAUGCUCCAUAAAUUUAAAUAUUAAUCAUGGAAACAUCUGUCCUUCGAUCCUUACAAUCUGUAAAAGUGUAAAUUUAAAGUAAAUAAGUUAAAAGUGUGAUUCACAACAAUCUCUAAUUAAAACAGCAAGAAGUACAAAUGACUCCAUAGAAAACCAGAGUCCUCAGACUGAUGAUGAAGGACUGAUGAAGGAGAAUCAGCAGCAGUUUCUCUCUCUGUGUUUCCUCUGCAGGUGAAGCUACAAAGACUCUGUGACUGGAUGUGGAUCUGAAUUCACCUGGUGUUUCUCUGCUAUGGAUCAGUGUGAGUACAAAGAGGAGGGAAUCCCUCCCUCUAAAAGCUCUCUGUGUGGGGAACAUGACAGCCAGACCAAAGCUCAGAGAACAAAGAAGCAGCACAGACCGGACUCUGCUGAACCUGAACCUGGACCUGGACCUGAACCUGGAUCUGGACCCAGCUGUGUGUCCAUGAAGAGUGACUGGUCCAUGUAUGAACCUUUAAAUUUUAAACCUGGACAACCUGCUGAUGGAAGGAUCCAGCAGCAGAAACCAGACUCUCCUGGACCUGAACCCAGCUGUGUGUCCUUUAAGAGCAACCAGUUGAAGGAGAAUUUCCUUGAUUUUAAAGGAGUACAUCCAUCUGCUGAUCAGAUAGUGGACCAGGAGAGCUCAGAGGUUCCCAGUGGUCAGUCUGCCCAGCAGCAUCAAACACACCUGGACUCCAUAUUUAUGCUGCUGGAGGAGAACAUCAUCACCUUUGUGAAGAAUGAGCUGAAGAAGAUGCAGAAAGUUCUGAGUUCAGAUUAUCCAGAAUGCCUAGAGAGUCAGAGGGAGGAUGAGGAGGUUUUGGACGAUGAAGAGGAAGAGCAGAGGAGGAGAAGCAGAGAGGCAUUUCAGAAGAUCACACUGCACUUCCUGAGGAGAAUGAAGCAGGAGGAGCUGGCUGACCGUCUGCAGAACAAAUCUCAUGCCAUGUUUAAUCAUAAACUCAAGUCUAACCUGAAGAAGAAGUUUCAGUGUGUGUUUGAGGGGAUUGCUAAAGCAGGAAAUCCAACCCUUCUGAAUCAGAUCUACACAGAGCUCUACAUCACAGAGGGAGGGACUGCAGAGGUCAAUGAUGAACAUGAAGUCAGACAGAUUGAAACAGCAUCCAGGAAAACAGACAGACCAGAAACAACAAUCAGACAUGAAGACCUCUUUGAAGUCUCACCUGGAAGAGAUGAACCAAUCAGAACAGUGAUGACAAAGGGAGUGGCUGGCAUUGGGAAAACAGUCUUAACACAGAAGUUCACUCUUGACUGGGCUGAAGACAAAGCCAACCAGGAAAUACACUUCACAUUUCCAUUCACUUUCAGAGAGCUGAAUAUGCUGAAAGAGAAAAAGUACAGCUUGGUGGAACUUGUUCAUCACUUCUUUACUGAAACCAAAGAAGCAGGAAUCUGCAGGUUUGAAGAGUUCCAGGUUGUGUUCAUCUUUGACGGUCUGGACGAAUGUCGACUUCCACUGGACUUCCACAACAAUGAGAUCCUGACUGAUGUUACAGAGUCCACCUCAGUGGAUGUGCUGCUGACAAACCUCAUCAGGGGGAAACUGCUUCCCUCUGCUCGCCUGUGGAUAACCACAAGACCUGCAGCAGCCAAUCAGAUCCCUCCUGAGUGUGUCAGCAUGGUGACAGAGAUCAGAGGGUUCACUGACCCACAGAAGGAGGAGUACUUCAGGAAGAGAUUUAGAGAUGAGGAGCAAGCCAGCACCAUCAUCUCCCACAUCAAGACAUCACAAAGUCUUCACAUCAUGUGCCACAUGCCAGUCUUCUGCUGGAUCACUGCUACAGUUCUGGAGGAUGCUUUGAAAAGCAGAGAGGGAGGAGAGCUGCCCACGACUCUGACUGAGAUGUACAUCCACUUCCUGGUGGUUCAGUCCAAACUGAAGAAGGUCAAGUAUGAUGGAGGAGCUGAGACAGAUCCACACUGGAGUCCAGAGAGCAGGAAGAUGAUUGAGUCUCUGGGAAAACUGGCUUUUGAGCAGCUGCAGAAAGGCAACCUGAUCUUCUAUGAAUCAGACCUGGCAGAGUGUGGCAUCGAUAUCAGAGCAGCCUCAGUGUACUCAGGAGUGUUCACACAGGUCUUUAAAGAGGAGAGAGGGCUGUACCAGGACAAGGUGUUCUGCUUUGUCCAUCUGAGCAUUCAGGAGUUUCUGGCUGCUCUUCAUGUCCAUCUGACAUUCUUCAACUCUGGAGUCAAACUGCUGACAGAAGAACAAACAACAUCCUGGUGGUCUGAAGGGUUCAGAGGCAAAUCAACACAUUUCUACCAGAGUGCUGUGUACGAGGCCUUACAGAGUCCAAAUGGACACCUGGACUUGUUCCUCCGCUUCCUCCUGGGUCUUUCACUGCAGACCAAUCAGACUCUCCUCCGAGGUCUGCUGACACAGACAGGAAGUAACUCACAGACCAAUCAGGAAACAGUCGAGUACAUCAAGAUGAAAAUCAGUGAGAAUCUGUCUACAGAGAGAAGCAUCAAUCUGUUCCACUGUCUGAAUGAACUGAACGAUCAUUCUCUAGUGGAGGAGAUCCAACAGCAUCUGAAUUCAGGAAGUCUCUCCACAGAUAAAGUGUCUCCUGCUCAGUGGUCAGCUUUGGUCUUCAUCUUACUGUCAUCAGAAAAACAUCUGGAUGUGUUUGACCUGAAGAAAUACUCUGCUUCAGAGGAGACUCUUCUGAGGCUGCUGCCAGUGGUCAAAUCCUCCAACAUAGCUCUACUGAAUGGCUGUAGCCUCUCAGAGAGAAGCUGUGCAGCUCUGUCCUCAGUUCUCAGCUCCCAGUCCUGUAGUCUGAGAGAGCUAGACCUGACUAACAACAACCUGCAGGAUUCAGGAGUGAAGCUGUUAUCUGCUGGACUGGAGAGUCCACACUGUACACUGAAAACUCUCAGUCUGUCAGGAUGUCUGAUCACAGAGGAAGGCUGUGCUUCUCUGGCCUCGGCUCUGAGCUCCAACCCCUCCCAUCUGAGAGAGCUAGAUCUGAGCUACAAUCAUCCAGGAGAUUCAGGAGAGAAACUGCUGUCUGCUGGACUAGAGGAUCCACACUGGAGACUGGACACUCUCAGGCUGCAGCCUGCUGGAGUCCGAUACUUGACACCAGGUCUGAGGAAGUAUUUCUGUCAACUCACACUGGAUCCAAACACAGCAUACAGAAACCUCAAACUGUCUGACAACAACAGGACGGUGACAGGUGUGGAGGAGGAUCAGUCAUAUCCUGAUCAUCCAGACAGAUUUGAUUACUGGUAUCAGCUGCUGUGUAGAAAUGAUCUGACUGGUCGCUGUUAUUGGGAAGUCGAGUGGAGAGGAAGAGUUCGUAUAUCAGUGACUUACAGAGGAAUCAGAAGGAAAGGAGACAGUGAAGACUGUUUGUUUGGAUGGAAUGAUCAGUCCUGGAGUCUGAGCUGCUCCAAUGAUGAUGGUUACUCUGUCCGUCAUGUUAAGAGAAAAACAUUCAUCUCCUCCUCCUCUGCCAACUACGUCUUCUUCUCCCGUUCCUCCUCCUCCUCCUCCUCUGUCUCUAACAGAGUAGCAGUGUAUGUGGACUGUCCUGCUGGCACUCUGUCCUUCUACAGAGUCUCCUCUGACACACUGAUCCACCUCCACACCUUCAACACCACAUUCACUCAGCCUCUGUAUGCUGGGUUUAUGGUCUGGCCUGGUUCCUCAGUGUCUCUGUGUGGUCUGUAGGAGGAAGAGUCUCCUCCUGUUAGAGAAACUUUCUCACUGCUGACCAGAUAGUUCAGUCUGUACAGGAUCACACACAGCUGAUGGUAUUUAGUACCAACAUGAUCUCUCACUGCUUGUGAAUUUAAACAUGGUUUCCACAUGAUUGACAGUUUGUUUGUAAAAUGAAUCAAAUGAUAAACUGAGUCCAGUUGUUGUUGUUUUCUGUUGUUAGUGUAUUAGAAAGGCUUGAACUGUAAUGGGAUAAUGGGAAUGGGAUCUUCACAAUGUUUAGUUGUAGUUCUUCUAGUAGUUUCAUAGUAACUGUGUUACCUGAUUCCUUCACUUAUUUAGAGAUCACAUGACAAAUGAUGGUCAGAACAACAGGCCUCCUAUUGGCUGGUUAAAUGAACACCUCUAAUGGUGAAGGCUGAGGCUCAGCAGCUGGAGUGUGGCUGCUUUUAUGCUGCGUUCAUAUCAUAUUGGAAUUAUGCUAAUUAUGAGAUUCUGACUUGUAAAUAGAAUUCAGGUCAACAUUCAAGUGGUAAUUAUGAAGUGGAAAAGCUGAAAGCUCUGAUAUUUACUGGAUAUGGUGGAUUAUUGUCAAUAACAGUAUUUUUGAGCCUCAUUCCACCAACUUUGUAAUCAUGCAGUCUUGAUUUGUUGUGUGACAUGAAUGCUGGCAAGUUGUAAACAUGGGAAUCUUUCCCGCCUCUACCAUCCAUCCCAUAUGAUGUGAACACAGCAUUAGAGAUGAGAAGUCCAGGAGCUGUUGUGUGUUUCUGACAUACAGGAAGUAUUUAGUUUUUCUCUGGAGUGUUUAUUUAGUUCCUGUGUAGAGAAUAAAGUUCAUGAUGAUCAGUA